AUGGACCGAUUGAGCACGGGAAUGUCCAUCGUGAUCUGUCGAUCCGAUGGACGACAACAUUCGGCCAUAAUCGCGCACCUCAAGCCAGACAACAACAUGGUCGAUGUGGAAUGGUUCGAACAAGUAAGUUUUUUUCGUUUUUUUUUGGUUUUUAGGUUCAAGCUUGAAGCAUGGACAUUGAAUAAUGUUCUCCGUUCUUUUUUGACCAUGCAUUUAUUAUUUUUGCCAUGAAUUGUGGGAUAAAAGAAAAAGAAGAGCUAAUGUUGAUUUAUCUUGGGUAUAACUUCUUUAAAAAUGAAGCUAGAAGCUAGAAACCCUUUGUGGAUACAGCUUAUAUAUUUUUUCAACUAAUUAAAAAAAGAAAUUUUCAUAAUUUGCAAUACUUUUGAUGUUAUCCAAAUUCUACGCACCUAUGUCUACUUUUAUUUAAUUUUAGGGGGAAACCAAGGGAAAAUCGGUAGAUUUGGGGCAGAUCUUGAGGUAUAAUCCUGCUUUGCUCGUGAAUGACUCAGUACCAGAACCUAAAGCUCCACGAGCAUCUGUUGCCAAUGAUAACAAGGCGAUUCCGGCGCAUCGUCCGUCUGUGGCGAAGCCGGCCGUUCGUCCGCCAAAUACAAACCGGGUUGAUCAAAAAUAUGCGAGACAAAGCAUGGUUGAUGGAAAUGGAUUACCGGAACGAAAGGAGCCUUGUGAGUUGUUGUAUUAGAUAAUAAAUUUAAAAAGUUGGUUUAAGAAACUAAAACUACGUUUCAGCCGGAAUAAAAGCUAGAAAAUCGAUGAUAUCAUUGGAUACACAAAAUGAAACACUGAAUGUUGAUCGGAUUGUGCAGCCAGCUCAAUCUAAAUCUGAUGUUGUGAAUAAGGUCGAAGAGCUUCAGAAGAACAGAAAUGAGCGACGACAACAACAAGUAUGUUUUUAUGAUUAAAUUUAUUAUUUCCGUGUUUAGGUUUAUUAAAUUAUGUGAAAUUUUUUAUUCGCAAAGCACAAUUUGAGGUUUAUAUGGCUAUUUUACAGGACGAAGCCCGCCGUGCUCGCGAUAACCUCAAAAACCUUGAUCCCGGUAACCCAAAUUGGGAAUUUCACAAAAUGAUUCGUGAUUACCGUGCCAACAUCGAAUAUCGACUGUUGAGAAUCACGGAUCCAGUAAUCGACAACCGAAUCUGCGUUUGUGUCCGAAAACGGCCAAUGUCAAAGAAGGAAAUGAACAGGAAAGAGAUUGAAGUAGUGACAAUCCCAGGCAAAGACACCAUCGUAGUACAUCAACCACAACAGAAGGUGGACCUCACGAAGUAUCUUGAGAAUCAAAAGUUCCGCUUCGACUAUGCCUUUGACGAUACCUCGGACAAUCCCAUGGUAUACCGGUUCACAGCUCAACCCUUGAUCAAGACGAUCUUUCAACAAGGCUUUGCCACCUGUUUUGCCUAUGGACAAACUGGCAGUGGUAAAACCCACACGAUGGGUGGUGAUUUCGAAGGCAAAUCUCAAGAUUGUGCCAAAGGAAUAUAUGCCCUAGCUGCUACGGACGUCUUUGCCUACCUAAAACGACCAGAAUACCGUGAUCUUGGGCUUCAAGUGGACUGUAGCUUCUUCGAGUUGUACGGUAGCAAAGCCUUUGAUCUUCUGAACCAAAAAGCUCUGCUCAGAAUUCUGGAGGACAAUAAGAAGUCGGUCCAGAUUGUAGGACUAAAGGAAUUUACUGUGUCAUCCGCAGAUGAUGUGUUAGGAUUGAUCAGGGAAGGCUCGGCUCAAAGAACUGCCGGGCAAACUUCGGCCAAUAACAAUUCAUCCAGAAGUCAUGCCAUCUUUCAAAUUGUGUUGAAACGACGAGAUGGAUCUAUUCAUGGCAAAUUCAGCUUGAUCGAUUUGGCUGGAAAUGAAAGAGGAGCAGAUACGAAGGCUAGUAAUAAUCAAACAAGAAUGGAAGGCGGGGAAAUCAACAAAAGUUUAUUGGCAUUGAAGGUGGGUGAAUAUUCAUGAAUAUAAAAGGUUUUUUGGGGUUUUAAUGAGUUUUUAUGCAGUAUUAGGUAUGAAAUGUCGUUUAAAACUGUUUUUAAGCUUCAAGAAUAUUUAAAAAAAUGAUUUCGAAGUUUUAAAAAUGACAUUUUUGGCUUUUUCUUAUAACUUUUGUUAUUUUCAGGAAUGCAUCCGAGCGAUGGGCACCAUGCAGGACUAUGUACCAUUCCGAGGCUCCAAGCUCACUCUCGUACUGCGCGAUUCAUUCAUUGGUAAAAAUGCCAAAACCUGCAUGAUUGCCACAAUCUCUCCAUCCUUAAUGUCGGCCGAAAACACCCUCAACACCUUGAGGUACGCCAAUCGUGCCAAGGAAUUGGCUUCAGAUGGCGGAGACAACGAGAACGUCGAGUACAUGAGCGAAGAAGACAGUCCCAUGGAAGAGGAGGAAAUAGUACCAUCGGAACCAAUCCCAAAACCGACCAGAAAAGCCGCCAAAGGAAAAUCGAAGGCAUACAAAGACUAUCAAGAAGCACUACAAGCCAUGGAAAAUGCAGAAGAAGAUGCUUUGAACUUGCUGGAUACACAGAAGCAGUCAGUACAUGCCUUGUACUCAGAGAUUUCGAAGCUAAGUGAAUAUGCACGAUCAGAUGGCUACGAUAUAUCUGUCUUCUCGGAGGCAAUCACAAAAUACGCCGAAAUGUGUAAACAGUCUGUGGAGUUGUUGAAUGGCACAAAAGGUAAGCAAUUUUGAUUUGUUUUUGCGAUUUUAGGGGGAUUUGAAGGCUGAUUUUGAGAUUUCUGGGCUUCUAAGAGAGUGUACGUUGGACAGGUUUGAUAGUAUAACUUGUCACUACAUUAUACAAAUACGACAACUUCUACUUUAACUCUUUCAGGCACAGCGGGCAACCUAGCAAAUGCACUCCAACGCGAAUCCGAACUCAGUCAAAACCUUUAA